AUGUUCUUUCCAAGUUCAACUAACAACUAUAAUGUCGACCCUUUUUCUCACCUUCCUUCUUCAUCUUACUAUCUUCCCCUUUCAAGUCACCAACCUAAUGAUAAUGGUUUCCUUAAUCACCGCCACCAUGAUCUGGUGUCGGCUUCUUCUUUGUUUCCCUCCGUUGUAAAUCAUCAGCAGCCCAACCUCAACGAGACUUUACUCAACAUGGCGCUUUUUAACAAGGACGGGGACCAUGGAGUAGUUGGUUUUGGCGGAGGUCCUCCUCCGGGGUUUGGUUUCCCUGUCAAGAAGGCUAUGAAGAAAGAUCGGCACAGAAAAAUUUGCACUGCGCAAGGGGUGAGGGAUAGGAGGGUGAGACUGUCCAUAGAGAUCGCCCGUGAUUUCUUUGAUCUGCAAGACAGGCUAGGGUUUGGCAAAGCGAGCCAGACAGUAGAGUGGCUGCUUAGGAAUUCGAGGAGCGCCAUUAGAGAGCUGGCGAAGAUGAAGCAGUGUGGGAAUGUUGGUUGUGCCGGUUCUGGUCCAACGAGCUUGUUGUCUCUCGUCUCCGGUGACGAUGAUCGGUACGAAAUGGGAGCUAAGAAUCGAGUGCUCAAUGUCGGUGGAGGAGAAAGUAACUCGGCUGAGCUAGAGGGCGUCGUUUCAAACAAGAAACGGAUGAAGAAGUUAGAGAAAUUAGCAGCAAGCCCUCUUAAAGAGUCGAGAGCAAAGGCAAGGGCAAGAGCAAGGGCAAGGACUAGAGAAAAGAUGAACAGCAGUACUACUAGAACUCAUGAGUGGAAAACAUGCCCAGAUUCAAGCCCUCAUCCGUUGAGGUCUUUCACCGAACUUGAACCAUCCAAGAAACCAUAUCAUUUAGCUCAUGGCUACAAGGCCCACAACAACAGCAACCCCAGCAUGGCAUCGUCUUCCUUUAAAGUUGUGGCUCAUCAAGUUGAGCAACCUAGUGCAGCAUCAACAGAAAAUGUUAUCGAGCAAUCUAUACUGAUCAGAAGGAUGUUGAAGCCGUCAACAGUUUUGGGUUAUCAGCAAAACCUUGCAACUUCGAAGGAUGCUAACUGCAACAGCAGCCCCAAUUUGUCUCAGAAUUGGGAUAUUAAUGGUGCAAUGGCUCAUUCUACUCUCUUUGCUAUAACUAAUGUUAAUCAUUCAACAGGAGCUCAACUGUAUGGCAAACCCUGA